AUGGAACCGGUUUUGCUCAAAAUUGGGGAGAUACUCAGAACACAAGAUUCAGCGGUCUCAGAAUUCGUUUAUGACAUCUGUAGAAAAAGUUCUAACCUAGAACAGUUUCAGACCAAAAUCGAUGAGCUAGAUGUGGAUAUUUCGCACGAUGUGGCGUUCAAAGUGUAUGAUAUCGCCAGAAGCAGGGAUUUGGAUUCCACAGCCAAAGUGGUACGCAUUUUACAUGAUGCACUUUCUCUAGAUGAUCCCGUGGUGGCAGAUUUUAUUGUUGAGAUAUGUUCUAAAUGCAAAUCUCUCGAGGAGUUUACCUCAGAGUUGGAAGCUAUGGAUUGCGGUAUUGAACCGGGUGUUUCGAGACUUUUAUACGCAGCAAUGGAGGAAGAAAAACCAAAACAGCGAAAUCAUGGGGCUCUAGGAAUGCCUAACCAAAAAAUACGAUGGGACAGUUCUGGUAGCUGGGCAGACAGUAGCGGGCAAGACACAAUUAGGACUGAAGCUAGCGUUGACGAAAGACCUAUACUCGGGAAAGUCUAUCCGGGAGUGGUGAAGAAAAUCACGGCAUUUGGAUGUUUUGUACGCAUUUUGGGAGUCCGCACUUAUCGCAGUGACGGGCUUGUGCACAUCUCGGAGCUUGCGCCCAAAAGGAUUCGAGAUCCAGCUGACAUAGUAUCCAUAGAUCAAAAAGUUUAUGUCAAGAUCAUUAAAAUUCAGGACAAUGGGAAGAUUUCGCUUCGAAUGAAGAAUAUAGAUCAAAGAACAGGAAGAGAAGAAGAGGCUAGCCAAGAAAGAGGAAGGAAUACAAACAGGCAAGAAAAAUCGACCCUUAAGAGAAAAUUGACAUCACCGGAGAGGUGGGAAAUCCGUCAACUCAUUUCCAGCGGAGCAGCGUCAGCGGAAGACUACCCAGAGCUUCAAGACACUUUUGAACAAGAGAGGGGGUCUUCCCAGAAACCUCUAGAUAAUGCAAUAGAGGAAGUUGAGGUUGAGUUGAAAACAGACGACGAACCUCAGUUUCUGAAGGGCGAGGCAAGCGCUUCUCACAAGCUCGAAAUGCCAAAGCUCACAAAAGUCCCACAAGGGUCUCUCACGAGGACAGCGCUAAGUGGUUCAAACUUGAUGUCAGAACACCGGGCGGAAAAAAUCCAGAAGAGUAAAGAGGUCGAGAAUGAGCGGCGUAAACACAACCUGGUAGACGACCCCAGUUCCCGCCAAUCGGAUCUGAACUACAAGAAUAAGCAAGAUUGUCUAUCAGCGUGGGAGCGCAGCAGAAAUAAAGAGAACAUUGAGUACGGUAAAAGAACGAGCUUACCGAUCCAAGCCCAACGAGAGUCUUUGCCUGUUUUCAAGAUGCGGGAUCUGUUAGUGGAUGCAAUCAGAGACAACCAAUUUCUAGUCAUAGUGGGUGAAACAGGGUCAGGAAAAACUACCCAAAUAACACAGUACUUGGAUGAGGAAGGUUUCAGUAAAAAUGGGAUCAUUGGGUGUACACAGCCACGAAGGGUCGCUGCGAUAUCUGUAGCGAAGCGUGUCGCCGAAGAGGUUGGAUGCCGAUUGGGCGAGGAUGUGGGUUAUACAAUUCGAUUUGAAAACGAAACUUCGAAUAGGACGAGAAUCAAAUAUAUGACAGAUGGUAUGCUGCAACAGGAAGUUUUGGUGGAUCCUCUAAUGUCUAAGUAUUCAGUCAUACUUUUAGAUGAGGCCCACGAAAGAACUAUUGCUACUGAUGUUCUGUUUGCACUUUUGAAAGGGGCAGCUGCCCGAAGGCCAGAUCUAAGAAUCAUAGUCACAUCUGCGACAUUGGAUGCUGAAAAGUUCUCCGCUUACUUUUUCAAUUGCCCUGUGCUGAAAAUACCAGGAAGAACGUUCCCGGUUGAAGUUCUGUAUUCGCAAUCACCGCAGCUGGAUUACAUAGAGACCACGCUGGAUACGGUUAUGGAGAUUCACAUCAACGAGGGAAGGGGCGACAUUCUAGUCUUCUUGACAGGUCAGGAAGAAAUUGAUACAUGCUGUGAGGUCUUGUAUGAGAGGGUGAAGACACUAGGAGAUACCAUCCAAGAGUUAUUGAUCUUACCUGUUUAUUCGGCACUACCGAGUGAAGUCCAAUCAAAGAUUUUUGAACCCACUCCACCUAAUUGUCGAAAGGUGAUAUUUGCCACUAACAUUGCAGAGACAUCUAUCACUAUCGAUGGUAUUUUUUACGUUGUUGAUCCUGGGUUUUCAAAAGUAAACACGUACAACCCUCGCAUGGGAAUGGAACAACUCAUAAUAUCGCCCAUCUCGCAGGCUCAAGCAAAUCAACGUAAAGGACGUGCAGGUAGAACUGGCGCUGGUAAGUGCUAUAGGCUGUAUACAGAAUCAGCUUUUCUGAACGAAAUGAUGCCGAACACUAUUCCAGAGAUCCAAAGACAGAACUUGUCCUAUACAAUCCUCAUGUUAAAAGCAAUGGGCAUCAAUGAUUUGCUGAAUUUUGAGUUUAUGGACCCUCCUCCACGGGUUUCUAUGGUUGGUGCUUUAGAGGAUUUAUACAAUCUUCAAGCCUUGGACGAGGAGGGAAAGCUAUCUAAACUCGGUGCCUUGAUGUCUCAAUUUCCGAUGGAGCCAGCCCUUUCAAAAGCACUUAUAGCAUCUACCAGCAGAGGCUGCUCUGAUGAGCUGUCAACGAUAAUAUCCAUGCUGUCUGUGCAAAGCGUAUUUUACCGACCUCGAGAUAAGCAACAAGAAGCAGAUAAUAAGAAGGCCAGAUUUCACCAUCCUUAUGGCGAUCACUUGACGUUGUUGAAUGUCUAUAACAGGUGGCGGGACGACAACUUCUCGAAAACUUUUUGUGUUAACAAUUAUCUGCAUGAGAGACAUUUGAAGAGGGCAAAGGAUGUUAAGCUGCAACUUGUGGGCCUCUUCAAAAAAUUGAGGCUUUCUAUUUCAAACAGCAGUGGAGAUGUCGAUGUGAUCCGCAGCACGCUAGUUUCUGGAUUUUUCAGAAACGCUGCCAAGAGGGAGUCUCAGACAGGUUACAAAACAAUAUCGGAUGGCACUUCUGUCGCUGUGCAUCCUUCAAGUUCACUAUUUGGAAAGGACUAUGAUUACGUUAUUUACCAUAGUCUGGUUCUGACGACUCGAGAGUAUAUGUCUUUCGUCACCGCCAUAGAUCCGCGUUGGCUAGUAGAAAGUGCACCUCACUAUUAUAAAGUUUCUGACGGCGAGAGCGAGUCCCGAAAGAAAGCAAAAAUCGUUCCACUGCACAAUAAAUUUUCCCAGAACCAAGAUUCAUGGAGACUAAGCUCACUACGCCAAACAAAGGAAAAAGCUUUAGGAAUUAGAAGGUAA